AUGGCAUCUAGUGAAUAUUCCUACCGUAGUUUUGGCUUUGCCUUCAACAAUGUUCGUUUCUCCGACCGUCUUCUUCGCAUCGAGAUCACGAAUGGCGGUGAGAUCACUAAUGUCGAUUCGGUUCAGGAUCACAAACGCAGGAGAACAGAUGUCAACACUCGCGCUGUAGGUGGUGAAAAUGAGAAAGAGUGUAACCCUCCAACUCCGAGAGUUACAGAAUUACAUAUAAACUCUCUUGUUUUGGCAGACAAAAGCCCAUUUUUCUUCAAGCUAUUCUCUAAUGGAAUGAUUGAGUCGGAGCAAAAGCAUAUCACCUUGAGAAUCAAAGCUUAUGAGGAAGCAGCUGUAAUGGAGCUGUUGCAUUUCAUGUAUACAAAUUCACUGUCAUCAGUCACUAAUGUCCGGGCUUUAGUUCGCCUUCUAAUGGCCGCAGACAAGUUUGAAGUUGCUUCGUGUAUGAAGUAUUGCACCUGUUUGUUGCUUACUGUUCCUAUGACAUUGCCUUAUGCGUUCUAUAUUCUUCGUCUUCCUUGGCCCCUACUACGUGCUGGUUCCGUAAAGCCUUUGAUAAAUGCUGCAAGGCAUUUCAUCUUCAUGCACUACAAGGAUAUAACCAAGUUUCCAAAAGAAGAGGUGAUGGCUUUACCGUUAGUAGGUAUCAUCACACUACUAAUGAGCAACCGUCUGAUGAUUGCAUCUGAGGACACUGUCUACGAAGUUGUCUUACAAUGGGCAAAAGCAAAUUACUCGGUUCUAGAAGAACGCCAAGGGAUCCUCGCUCGUCUCGCUCGCUACAUCCGUUUCUCUUACAUGACAUGUCCCAGACUCCAUAAAAUCUUGACAUCAGAUGACUUUAAACCUUCUGUCGGCUACAAACUUGUCCUUGAAGCUCUCUUGUUCAAAUCAGAAUCAUCACUGGCUCAUCGAGCCGCCAUAAUAGCCGGCUCACGUGACCAACGGUUUAUUGAGCGAGCCUACACAUACAAACCCAUCAGAACUAUGGAGUUCGAGGUGCCUCACCGUCAAUGCAUCGUCUACUUGGACUUGACACGCAGAGAAUGCAAUGCUCUGUAUCCAUCGAAUCCGAUUUUCUCUCAAAACUUUCACUUGGGAGGACAAGCGUUCCUUCUCUUGGCUUGUUGCAACAAUAGCCAGCCAAAUGGGUUUCACAGUUUUGGAUUGUAUCUUAGGGCACAAGUAAACGGGUCGGUGAGUAUGACAGUAGACUACAAGUUUUCAGCUAGGUGGAAGCCAACCCAUGAAUUUGUCAUGAGAGGCAGAGGAAAUCAUAAGUUCACCGGAGCUGAAUCUGUUGGAUUCAGGGACUUGUUUGGGACAUCAUGGGCUAGUUUCAUUGGUGAGGAUUCCCCCUACUUCAUCAAUGACGUUCUUCAUCUCAGAGCCGAGCUCUCUAUCUGUCUUUAAAAUUAUUCCUACCUUUGAACUUUGUUAACUUCUGUUUUUAUUGAUCAAAAUACCCUUCUAAGGUUUGUAUAUUGAUCGUGAAUAAAUAAAUAUACAUUUCUCCUAAUACUAAAUUGCAUUCACUGACGGUGGAUCUAAGAGAAUAGUUUCAGACC